ACCGUGAAAGAAAAAAAGAGUGGCAUAUGAUUAAAAGCAGAUGUUGAAGGGGAAAUGACUUAAACAUGACAGACACCCUUUUGAUUUAUCCUGAGAGGGGAAAACAAUCCAGUCCUAAAGUGAAUUAGAAUGCGCCAUUUUCACUAUCAUGAAAAGAAGGGUUUCAUAUUCAACCGUGCUUUUGACCUCUCUCUUUUUCUAAAACAGAGUCCUUCUGCUUUAAAACAACCCCUUCAUUCUUUUCAGCAUUGACACUGAGUGAGAGAGAUGAGGCAUCUGGGUUGGGUUCUCUGUUUACUUCUUUUGAUCCAACAGCAAGGUUUUCAGGUCCAAGUUGAAGCGGGAGAUGGAUUCAUCAGAACAAGAGGAGUGCAUUUUGUGAUGAAUGGUAGCCCUUACUAUGCAAAUGGCUUCAAUGCCUACUGGCUGAUGUAUUUGGCUUCUGACCCAUCUCAGCGUGCCAAAGUCUCAGCUGCUUUCCGUGAAGCUUCAAGCCAUGGCCUCACUGUGGCAAGAACCUGGGCUUUCAGUGAUGGUGGGUACAGGCCUCUUCAGUACUCUCCUGGCUUUUACAAUCAGCAAAUGUUCAAGGGAUUAGAUUUCGUUGUUGCUGAGGCCAGAAGGUACGGAAUCAAGCUUAUACUGAGCUUGGUGAAUAACUAUGAAAGCUUUGGUGGUAAAAAACAGUAUGUGAACUGGGCUAGAAGUCGAGGACAGCACCUCUCAUCUGAAGAUGAUUUCUUUAGAAACCCUGUUGUUAAAGGAUACUACAAGAGCCAUGUUAAAACUCUGCUUAACAGAUACAACAGCUUUACUGGAGUUAUUUACAAGAAUGAUCCAACUAUUAUGGCCUGGGAGCUUAUGAAUGAGCCUAGAUGCACAUCAGAUCCAUCAGGAAGGACCAUUCAGGCUUGGAUAAUGGAGAUGGCUUCUUUUGUGAAGUCAAUAGACAGGAAUCACUUGCUGGAAGCUGGUUUAGAAGGCUUCUAUGGACAAACAACACCUUGGAGGACGAGACUCAAUCCUGGAUAUAAUAUAGGAACAGACUUCAUUGCAAAUAAUCGGAUCCAUGGAAUUGACUUUGCUACAGUUCAUUCAUAUCCUGAUCAAUGGCUCUCAGGCUCGAAUGAACAAUCUCAACUUUCUUUCCUGAACAAUUGGCUGGGUGCCCACAUCCGAGAUGCCCAAAACAUUCUCCGAAAGCCAGUACUCCUCACAGAGUUUGGAAAAUCAUGGAAAGAUCCUGGUUUCAGCACCUACCAGAGGGACCAGCUGUUCAACGCUGUGUACAACCAGAUAUACUCAUCAGCUAGACGUGGAGGUGCAGCUGCUGGUGGCCUCUUCUGGCAACUUCUAACAGAAGGCAUGGACUCCUUCCGGGAUGGGUAUGACAUAGUUCUAAGCGAGAGCCCUUCAACUGCAAAUGUCAUAGUUCAGCAGUCACGCAAGAUCGAUCAAAUUCGGAAAAUAUUUGCAAGAAUGAGAAAUAUGACGAAGUGGAAGAGUGCGAGGGCCAGUAGACGAGCUGAAUGGUUGGCUAAAAACAGGAGCAAACGUAUUGGAAACUGAGCAGAUGCAGUUCUUAUACGAAAUUGGAGUGUGCAAAACUUUGCAAAAUGUUAGUUACGACAGGUUUUGGGAGGUGGGUUCUCUUUGUGAUGAAUGAUGUUCGUCCAGGGGAGCAGCUGCAUAAGAUUGAUAGAGUAUGUAAUUUUUCUAGAUAUAUACUUUGUGAAGUGUGUUGUUUAAGGAGAAGUAUGUUAGUGAAGAAGAGAGAAUGUGAAAAGCCACAACUCAGUUUUUGCCCUUCAUACUAGUCCUUGGCUGGUGGCGGGUGGCUGGUGGCUGCUGAUGAAAUUAAUGCCUACCAUCUGUGUUGCUCUAUAUUUCAUAAAUGAGAUUUGUUAGCUUUUUUCCUA